AUGCUCGCCAAUAUCACCACCCUCCUCCUCCUCCUCGGCGUCGCCGCCAGCACCGUGCGAGCCUUCCACCCUAAAAAUCACAUCUUCGGCGUUCCCGCUGCAGCCAACAACGACGCGCUGCGGCCCCGUGCGGGCGCCGCCAGCACAGCGGCACCAGCACCCACACCCACACCCACCUCGACCGUCAUCUCCUUCGCCUUCCCCGGCGGCCAAGAAGCGCCGCCGCAGGUCAUCCCGACGGCCGGCGUCAGCGGCUCGAUCAUCGACAUCCAGUCCUCGCGCACCACCCUCGCAUUCACGUGCGCGUCGGCGGUGCAGGAACCGGAGGCGUACUGGAACGGCAGCAGUCCGGGCGAGCUGUGUCCGUGGUUCACCAACUCGCCCGUCACCAUCGUCUACGGCACCGAUUACUACGGCUACACCUUCAACUGGACGUACGGUCAUGAUUACUAUCCCGCGCGCACGACGUUUGAGGAUUACGAGCGCGUGGCGGCGGGGACGCUGGGAUGCGCGGUGACGGCGACACCGGCGCAGCAGCAGACGCCCGUGGCGAGUGUGGAUCCGACGUGCACGGUUGAUGUGACGAGUAUUCCGGCUGGGUUGGAGCCGGCGGAUGUGAUGCCGUCGUUGAGGUGUUGGUGGGAGGAUGUGGCGGGGCCGCAGAAGAGCUUGUAUUAUCGGGAGUGGAAUUCGGCCGCAUUCAACAGCUGCACGUCCUCCCUGACGGCUACUCCGACCACCGAGGCGACCGGCACUUACAAGGCCUCGGAUGUUAGGUACUGGACGGUCACCGUUACUGAGGUUGCUGCUGGGGUCACUGUUCAACCUACCCAGUCUGCUUCUGCUGCAGCAACCGUCAAUGUUGGUUUAUGGGGGCUUUUCGUUGUGGGGCUUUUCGCUGCUUUUACAAUGCAAUGA